CCUUUAGGGGCCUCCUGGGCUCUGGUAGGCCUCAACGCUGGAGCCAGAAUGGCCGACUCUCUGGGUUGGUUUCCAGAGCUGAGGGGCUCCAUACUGGAACCUGAGGAAACUAAGAAACAGGACUACACAGACGAGUUUCAAGGAACUAUCGGUGAAUACCAUGAUUUGCUGGAAAGCCCUGAGCAGUCACCUAAAACUGUCCCCAGACAAACAGGGCUGGAGACAUUCAGAUUCACAGAGGCAGACAGUGUCACUGCAUGGAUGGAAAUGAAACCUCCAACUGGGACCUUAUUUAGGAAUGGACUACCAGACAGGAUCCAGGAUGGAGAUCUUGAAAACGAGCUAAAAGAGAUCAACACCAGGGGGAAGGCUGGAUCCCCACUAACUCCUUCACAGGAUGGACAAACUCCUCUGAUACAUCUGUCACUCCCACAGAAUGGAGAUAGUAUUGGUAGACCAACACCCAUCCUUCUCUUUCGCUCUGACUAUACAGAGACCCCAGGCUUUAAUCCACUCACUAGGCCUACUUUACCAACCCCAGUGACAGCACAGCUAGGCUCCACUACUGACCCGGACCAAGACCAACCCAUAGCCUUGGCCACAGACAAAGGGUUGCUAUCUCUGGACCAACCAGCCACCCCACAAAGAGACAUGAUGGAAGGAGAUAUCGUGAUGGAGACUGGAGACUUCUCAGAAUUGGAGGACUACACAGAAAACCUCACAGAUACAGGAACAGGCACAGGUGUGUCUCCAGAGGAGGUGUGGCCUAAGUCAGCCACCAAUGAGACACCUAUCCUCGACUGCAGCCUGGAGACCAAGGCCACACCCUGCAACACAAAUCUAUCCUGGAGCCCUGUUUACCCUGAUGACAUCAUCUCAAAUAAAUCCCAGCGCCCCAUUCUGUCUCUAACCCCUCCUCUCUUCGUGCCUCUGUAUUCUGAUUGGAACUCAGCUCUGGCCACCUGGGGCUUUGCCUGGGAGGUCCACAUCUACGGUCUGGGAUCUGUGUUCGCUGCAUUAGGUCUGAUAUCUGUACUCUGCCUGUUAGGCCUGCCCCUGCGCUGCCCCCCGGGAAGCCCCUACUUCACCCUGCUGCAUCUGUUCCUCCUGGCCACUGGAGGCACUAGAGCAUUCACUCUGCUGUAUGAUGCUUAUAGUCACCAGGACCGCCUGUCUGCUCUGGGCUCUCUCCUACUUUCUGAGCUACCCUUACCCUGCCUCACCUCUGCCUUCUCCCUCUCCUUCCUCCUCCUCUCCCUCCGCUCUCGCAUGCACCUCUCCCUCCCUUUCUCCCUCUCUCUCUCUCUCCCUCUCUCAGCUCUGCCCCGGCCCUGUCUCUUGUUCUCCCUCUCACUGUUGCACUUUGGGGCCUCCCUGGGUUCCAUAACUCUCUUCCAUGUCUUCCCCAGCCUCCCUGUCCUCCUCCUACUCCCCCAGGGAGUGUUCAUCCUACUCUGCCUCCUCCUCUCCUGCUCCUUCCUCCUCUUCUACUGCUUUGUACGACAAGACACCAAGCAUGUCCAACGGCUGAGUGAUGGUGAGGGAGAGGUAACAGGUUCCCCGGUGUUGGUGGAGAGGCCGUCCCGCUGCCCAUUCGCUGAGGCUGGGGAGUGGAGCAGGCGGCAGGGGCUGGGCCCUCCCCCUCACUACCCCUGGUCCCUGGGGCAGGAAGAGAAGCUGGUGGUGUGUGAUGUCAUCAGUAAGUGCAACCCACCAUGGAUGCCUCAAGCUGGGGUUGCAUCCCAGGGCUCUUCCCAGGCUAGUCUAGUUCUGGACACUGACUCCACAAUGUACCUGCGCCCCCCCUCUCCAAUCGACCUGUCCCGGAGCAUAGACCAGGCCCUGUACAACGAAACCCUGUUCCCCCACAGUCUCUUCAGUCAUCCCAGGCUACUCCAUGCAUCCUCCAGCCUCUCCCUGAACUCCCCUGGCUCCCACCUCAGCCAGAGUGCCUCACAACCUGGACACAACUCAGCCGACAGCUCCCUCUACCGGACCUCUUCCUGUAGGGAUGUGGAUAUGUCUCCUACACGGCCACCCCAGCCUGAGUGCAUCCUCCCAGGCCACGGCGAUCCCAUCUCUCCCCCUGAGCGCUGGUGGAGAGGUAGUAACUCCAGCUGCAUGUGCCAGGAAUCCCUGAGUGGGUCUUCCCAGGGUCUGUUCUCCAGCCUGGGGGCAGGAGGGGCGCAUUCGCAUCCCCCCUCCAAGAGAGGGCAGCUCCAUUCCCAGAGCAGUCUGCCCAGGACGCUCCCCAACCUCACCCACCACAGACGCUACCGCACCCUCAGCUCCACCUCGCAGGACAGCCAGGGGGAGGGGCGGCUGGCGGGCAGAGAGGACCUGAGUGAAAGCAGGUUGCUGGAACGGGAUCUGGCCGUACAAGCGGAGUUCGUCAACGUGUGCCGACAGAUCGAUGCUCUUAGCGUGUGCAGUGACACUAUUGACUUGUAG